CAUGCACGGUGCAGUGGGCCAACUCGCUGAACUUGUGCGCAAGCAUCGUCAGAGGACAGCUGUCUUACUAUACAUAGAAAGGCCCCUGGCCAGCGGCCUGAACUAAACUAACCUAAGUGGAAAUGCAAAACCCGUUCACAGCGUCUUCCGGCUGUCCCCGUCCUGUUAUCUCAUUGUCUCUUCCGAAUCCAUACUCACGGACGUAGCCCUCUUCCUUCAAGCCCAUUGCGCUCCAAAACUCAAUGAAGUCAUUCAAGAUCACGACUCCGGCCUUGUAUGAAGAAAAGAGAAGCGCGAGGCUCCCGGAUGACAGACAAUCUCGUAGCAGCUCGUGUCGUACUUGUCGGGACUUGAGAAUCAGAUGUGAUCGAGGACUGCCAUGCUCAAAUUGCCGCCGUAGGGGCUGGCGCGAGUCUUGCCAUUACCGUACCGGACGCAAAGGCGUCCAGCCCAUUCCAUGCGACAGCGAUCAGCAGCAGCCACAUCAGACACAACGGCAGCCACAGGAAGGGCAGCACACACAGCAACAGCAGCUGCUGCAUCUGUCUGAAACUACACGAGCACCAGCGGGGGCCACUGAAGAGAUGCUUGCCCUUCGCAGUAGAAUCGAACAGUUGGAGAUGGCUCUUGGCCGGGCUUCAUGUCCAUCGACUAGCAGUGAAACAAGUCGCCCAGGCGGUGGACCAGAAACCUCGUCUCAAGUUGAAGCCGAUUCUAGGCCACAGCGUAGCGUACCGAAGAUUUUUCUUCGAGAAUCUGCGGGCGAAGUCCAAUUUAUAGGCAGCACUCACUGGGCGUUUCUACUCAGGGAGUUCCCCUACCUCUCUCAGUUUCUGGCCAAAGAUACGGCAUUUCGUCACAGUCAGACCGCCCUCUUGCGCAUUGAAUCCAUAAUUGAUGCUAACUGUACGACUCCUUUGACAAUGACAUUUCCAUGCAAUAUCGAGACUCGUAGGCGCGAUUUGUUGAAUUGUUUCCCUGAUCAAGAGACCGCAGAGUCACUCACUGCAAACUAUUUUCGGUCCAUUGGAUUUGUUCUGCCAGUCGUGCUUUGCACGUCUUUCUUCCCAGUGGACAAGUCGCUGGCAAUUUGUAACGGAGCCGAAAUGCUAUGGCUUCUCCAGCUGACAAUGAUAUUCGCCUGCGGGUUUUUGAUUGAUGGAGUCCCAGACGGGCUAAGAUUGAGUCUCAACGCACGACAAAAUAACGCCAAGAGACUCGUCAAGAUUGUCGAAACAAUCAUACUCAACGAUAGCAGUUUUCGAAAACCAAGCAUCAUGCUACUGCAAGUCUUACUGCUUCUGAUAUCAGCCAAGAUCAUGUUGUCUGUCGUCGACGGACCAGAUGGUCUGUGCGGUUUACUGGGGAUGGCUGCGAAGCUGUCGUUUUCAUUGGGCCUUCAUCGAGAUCCAGCCUGUUUCGACGGACUGUCAUCAUUUGAUAUGGAGCGUAGACGACAGCUAUGGGCUAUUCUUCGCUUCAUGGAUUUGGACUAUUCCAUGCAAAUGGGCGUCCCACACCUCAUCAACGAUGAUGAGAGCGACUGUAGGCUCCCUUCUGCUAGCCUUGAGGAGCGCCUUACUCUCAUGAGAAGUCCCGAGGCUCUUGGACAUCGAUGGUCUGAUGAUGAUACCAGAGACAAACUCCUUCAUAGCUUGGCAAAGCUGACUUGCUGUUGUGCAAAAGUGCACACACUCAUCACGGCAACAGGACUGCAAUCAUCAUUGGACGUCGCAAAAACGCAGAAGGCCAUGCUCAAAUGUGAGCUGGAAGAAGCCAGAAGAGUCUUGAGCCAUGCCAUAUUAUUUGAGCGUGAACGAUCUUUGUCCCCAUCAUCACAGUACUUUCCCAACCCAGAAUUUGUUCGGCGGUUCUACGAGGUAUUCUUCAGUACCAUGUAUAACCGGAUGUGUACUGUUUUAUACCAGCCUUUCUUGCUAGAAGAUUACAAUAUGGACGUGGCCUGGCCAGAGUUUUUAGGUGCAGCGAUGUCUAUCCUGACUGACCAACAGCAAUUGACGACAUGGUAUCCAUACACAGUCAGUGAGUGGUGGAGUCUCGGACAGACAUUUUGGAAAAAUGACGUAUGCCGCGCCAUCUUCUGCCUUUGCCACGGUGUUUGUCAGCGGCAGUUAGCAUCUCUCAGACUGCCAGCAACUGUUCAACACACACCAACAAACAUUGCUAUACUUGGUGCCAUAGCAACAGCUAAGGAAUCGUGGACUCGUAACAUUCCUCUUGGGAUCAAUUAUGUGAAAUCAUAUAAAUUGAUUUGUGUUGUCGUUGCUUCGACUCAGGCAGUUGUGCACAAUGAGCCCAAGCUUGCGAGGAUGGUUCAAUCUGCAAACGAAUCGAUGCAACUGGCACUGAGUACGUUACAGUCAUCUCUGGAGAAUGACCCUGUUGAUUACAAUACAAGCCACACUACGAAUAAUUAUAGCGCUGAUUCGUUCAACUGCAUUGGCUUCGAUCGUCGUAGUGCCGACGCUCAAAUGCACGACAUCACUGGCAAUGACGAUUCGAUAUUUUUUUCCAAUACCCAUGGCACGCGGGAAGUGUGUGGAUUGAACGACUGGUCGCAGAUGAUAUCUUUGACUGAGUUUCCUGAAUGGGAGUGGUUUGACCAGCUCAAUUGGAAUUCCAAGCCAAGUCUGUCCACUAGUCAAGAAACAGGCAUUUGAAGACGUUUCAAGUGAGACGCAAUGAAUAGUCCUGUAGAUAAUGGACAAAUCGUGAGGUUGGUAUGACUCCUCCAUGUGCAAGUGAAAUAAGAUGGAGAUCCGGGCUACGCUCCGAGUGAACAGAUAUUCUCCGUCCGGAGAGAAUCUCGGCCGAUUCGCCGCAUAUCUCGAUCGACAUUUGGUAGUCCUAUUCUCUCAGAAUUAACAUUAUUUAAUUUGCGAAUAGUCAAAUUUUUUCUAGUUGUUGGGACUGCACUUUUGUCGAUUUUCACUGCGCUUAAACAAAUUUUGAUUUUGGUAUCAUACGAGUGCAGCUUUUGCGCCCAUAAGUCUGCGCUUUUCGGGGUGGCGCAGUAGGUAGCACUAUGAGUAUCCUUUCCAUUCCUUUCUUCACUGGACAUAGUAUGACAUCC